AUGGACAGAAACGUGAGAAAUGGUGGGAUAAGGGAAGGCUAUAGGGGUAUCAGGAAAAUAAAGAAUGGAAACCAAGCAAAAAGCAGAAUAGUGAAAGUUGCAAAUGGAAGUACUAUUACGUCACGUCUAGCAGAAACGCCUGCUGAUCCAGAGAGUUGUGAAGUGUACUUGGCAUAUUCAGUAACACUUCUUCAUCAUGGUUGUGUACUACACAGUGUUGUACCAGGAGUGCCAUGGGGUCAUGCCCAUUCUGUGCUGCCAACAUACUCACUGUUUGGAGAACACUAUUUGUUGGUGAUUGUGCCUGGUGUUUGUAUGCACAUGCUUGAUAUUGGCCUGGACCAUUUGCCCAACAACCACAUUGUUACAACCCCUCCAGCUCAACUUCUUCCCAAUGCACAAUUAUAUCAGAUAAUUGGUGGUAAGGUCACCUCUGGUCGCAGCAUGACUUUUAUAGAUGGUGUCAAUCAGAUGACUGUGGAGGUACGUGUUACAAAGGAAUCGCUCUUCUCUCUCUUCAAGAGUUCUCCCAUACUCAGCACACGGUUAGCUAUACUGCACUUGACUGCAGUUCAUGAUAAAGAUCAUGACCUUUCAAGAAAGCUCAUGUGGAGUGUAUGUGAAGAUCUUUACAAUCUUGACACCCCAGCCCUGCUUCAGGAGUACUUGGUCAGUGAAACGUAUGCUGCUGUCCACAAACACAUAGAUUCAGAUGCUGGUCAUCUAAUCUCCCUUCUUCCCAUCACGACAGCCCCUUUCACAUCAGACACUGAAUAUAUCGAAUCGCCCGUUGAAGAAAAUGUUAGAAUAUCCUACUGCUUCCUAGAAAAUGCAUGCAUCAUGCUGCUGUCACCACGAGAACGGGUUGUGAGAUCACUUUCUGACACUUGGACAAAGCUUUGGGAGCACACUAGCCGCAGGCACCACAAUCGCUUUAGUCUUACAGAUGUUGUUGACAAGCUGAUGGUUUCAUUAGACUCAUACAAGCCUGAAGCUCUGUCUAGAGGUAGCACUCCUGUGUCUCCUGCAAGUCCUCUUGUUGGUGGCCUCACCAUCACUUCCUUGGGUAUCACUUUGGCUCAUCUCAUGUUUGACCCUCUCCCCUUCAAUGAAGCAGAAAACACAACUUCAUCAAAAUUAGAGCACCUUCUCUCAGUGACUUUAAGAGAACUAAGUAUGUACUGUUUAAAGCAUUUUCCACAUGAAUCUCCAAUGCGAGUGCAUGCGGUCGCCAGUAAAUAUGUUUGCGCACAACUUCAGGUGUCUCGUCGAUUAUGUUCAAUUCUCUGUUCAUCACAGACCUUGAUACCUACAGAAAAGGGUGAAAAAGGCUUCAGUUUUAUAGAGCAGCUGGAUGAAGCUGUUGCCAAUCGUCUCUUCACUCUCCUAGAGCGUUAUCAUUCCGCUACGGAAGCUGUGGCUUAUCCACUCCCACAAGGCUACAACUCUUUCUUGUCAUAUCUUGCUUACAGAUGUUUACCUCAUCAUGUCUUCAUGCAGUAUGUCAGAAGAGGUGUUCUCCAGCUGAAUGUUGAUGUACUAAGAGAAAUUAUUUAUGACUUGGAUGACUUACCCAAAAAUGUGGAACGAAAGCUAGAGAUUGUAUCGUCUGUACCAGUUGUUCGAAGUCUGAGGGCAUUGCAGUACUGGCAGCAUCCAAUGUCUCUGAUACUGCGAUCAAGAUUACAUGCUGCGUCUAUUUUAGCCGGAGAAGGGCCAGGGCAACCUCGUACCCCUACUCAGUCUGGCAGGAUUAGUGCUCAACAUCUUCAGAAUAAAGGUCUGACUGCUUUUCCAACAGCUGAUCGUUUGUCUCCAUUUGACACUUUCUUAGACCUGCUAACUGCUAAAGGUAAGGUAGUUCAAAUGCUACAGUUUGGCAUUUUUUUUUAUUAGAUAUUAUAUUGUCUUUGGAUAAAAUUAACAUC